UUUCGAGCGUCGAGCGAUUGAGUCUAAUUUAACCAAGCCAACGAAUCAUAGUUUAUUGAUUUAAUUUAAUCAAUGUAAUUGAAUUUCACACAUUUCUUUCAUUUCAAUCUGAAAAUCUUAAAUCCCAGUGUAGAUAACUAAAAUGACACAGCCGCGACCCUGUGGAUGCAAAGGAUGCAGGACAUGCCUCAUUUGCGAAACCCAGUACGGGGCAGACAAGUACAAAAUUCAAUUCGAGUUCGACAAGACUAAAAGCUAUGUUUAUUGCCCGUUUUGCAACAAAGCUUGGCCGGGUUGGGACGCUGAUGUCUACAAACAACAUCCCCAUCACAAUGGACAACCGAUCGAGUAUCCCGGCGUUUACAUUCAGUUGGACUUUAUAACAGAGGAAGAAGAACAUGUGUUAAUGAAAAACAUAGACGAGGUACCUUGGGACAUAUCACAGAGCGGGAGACGUAAGCAAAACUAUGGUCCUAAAACGAAUUUCAAGAAGAUGAAAAUCAAUGCUGGCAAUUUUGAUGGCUUCCCAGCAUUCUCCAAGUUUCUGCAAGAUAGAUUCGAAGCUGUGCCUUUAUUGAAAGGUUAUGAUGUGAUAGAGCAGUGCUCUUUAGAGUAUGACCCUAGUAAAGGGGCUUCUAUAGAUCCUCACAUAGAUGAUUGUUGGAUUUGGGGUGAAAGAAUCAUCACUGUCAACUGUUUGUCUGAUUCCGUGUUAACUAUGACUAGAUAUCAUGGAGAUACUAAGAAAUAUAAUUUGCAUUGUGCAGAGAAAUACUGUCCGAUAGUUAAACCAGAUGGCAGUAUUAAUUUGGAAUGUAGUGAUCUUGAUAAAAUGGCUUAUGAAGCAAGUAAAUCACAAGAUGAUUUGGAUGUUGUUGUCAGAAUACCAAUGCCUAGAAGAUCACUCCUAGUCUUCUAUGGUGAGCCAAGAUACCACUGGGAGCACUGUGUGCUGCGUGAGGACAUCUUGUCCCGCCGGGUAUGUAUAGCGUACAGGGAGUUCACACCGCCAUACAUGCAGAAUGGCUGUCAUGAACAAGCCGGCAACCUCAUCAGACAGGUUAAGACAUUUUGGGAUCACAAGUUAAGGUAUCAAAUCAAGGCUUAAGUUGAAAUACUUAAGUGUUCAUCUGUUACACUGACCUAGCAAAUGAUAGUCGGAAACUCCACCAUAAGCAUAAAAUGUCUAUGAAAAUAUGACAUUUAUAUAGUGGUACGUGGUACUACCAUACAUUUUUGCUGCCAACUUGGUGCACAGUUAUCUUAAACCGUCUAGUGAUAUUUUAUUCCAGUGACUCCUGUAAAUUGUAAUAUAUAAGAAAUCAAUAUAAUUUAUUUAGAAAUUGAAACAACCUGUUAUUAUUUGAUGAGUUGCGA